GAUUUGCAUGCUUUUGAAUUUCGAAAACAAGGCAGAAAAAGGAGGAGACAAAAGCACAUUUUCGUUUCUAGCAUAUAUUUUGAUCAGAUGUCUCUCAGACAAAAAGAGAAUUUGAGAAAAUUCUGAAAUUUUCUCAGCUACUUUCUCUUCCCUUGAAUUGUUUUUCUGGGUCGAAAUUUUUGGCUAUGCUCUUGGGUUUGUUCUCUCUACUCCAAAAACCUGCGAGAUUUGGGAUAUCCAUUUUCAACUUUGGUUCUUGUACUUCAUCAAAGAUUUUGCUCUCUUGUUGCCAUCCUUCAAUUUCUUGGAUUCAAAUUUUUGUUUCUUGGAAAUCCAAAGGUUUUCUGGAUCUAGGUUUGCUCUAAGAUUUUCUCUGUGAUUUUGUUCUUCAUAGCAAGAACAACCCAAGUUUGUUCAAGAGAAUUUGUGUGCUUGUCUCUGAAUCUGUGUUUGUUCAAGAGAAUUCUUUUGAUAGUCUUUUCCUGGAACAGAGUGAAGAUUGGGUCUUUUGAUCCCAAAGUGUGUAUGUUUGUGUGAAAAUUUCUUGAGAAAGAAAGGAAACUCUCAUUUGGGAUUAGUGGAUGGAAGGUAACUAGAAUGGCUCAAGAAGAGCAGAGCAAGUGCAGCAAUAGUGCUGGUAGUGAUGAUGUUGUAGGGAUUGGUGGAAGAUCUUCCAAAAGGAAGAAGCCUAAGAAAGUCCCACAAAGAGGACUAGGUGUGGCACAGCUUGAGAAAAUUAGAUUAGAGGAACAGCAGAAGAAAGAUGCAGUCGUGGCUGCUGCAGCUGCAAUUCUGCCAUGUCCAUUUCCCACAACCAUUUCACCAUCCCAGAAAUCUCCAUACCUCCCUUUGCCAAUUCCAGCUUUCCAUCAUCCUUCAGAUCAGGCUCCUUCCACUCGUUCAAUACCAUUUCAUGGUGAUCUUUCUCCAGCCAAUUCAAUGUUUAGGCCAAACCCAUAUACUCAAAACAUUGAUCUUCCAUUGCCAUAUACUCCUCUAGCACGGCCACCUGGUGCUGUUACAGGGCGCCGAAAUGUUCAAAAGUUCUGGAGUAUUAGUGGGUAUAAUCUUGAGAAAGAGAAUUCUGGGGUAGAUCCAGGAUUGGCAUUUAGGGGAAAUUUCAAUUUGCCUUAUGAUUCAGAGCCCAUUUGGCCUCUGCCUAGUUUGAUGCAGAGAGCACAUCAAUACAAGCAACCUUCUUCUGCAUUGGUGAAUAUAUCAACAACUUCAUCACCAUCCUUGCUGAAUUUUCACAUGGAGCCCCCUUCAAACCAAAAUUAUUAUAGAAGUCGUACAGUUUUCUGCUCUGAGGAGGAGACGAUGGCUGGAAUGAAGAGGUCAUUUCCCUUCUGUCUAGACAAUCCAGCAGGCCCUUGUUUCCACAACAAAUAUCCUCCCAUUACUCAUCCCACCAAUAGAUCAGAUGAACAAGCGUCAAGUGGAAAUGGAAACACAAUCAAUUUUGAUCCUAGCAAUCCCAUUUUCAGAGAAGGACUUCCAUGUUCAACCUCCACUUUGAAGCCAAAUCCAAAGAAAAGCUUCAAAGAGAAUGGAAUCUUUAAGGGAGAUUUUCUCACAUUAGCCCCUCCCACUUCCACUUUAAUGUCUCCAAGCUCAAAAUCCAAGCAUCCUCCACCUAAUUCACACCUCUACAAUCUUGAAUUCCCAGAUUUUAUAACAAUUCCUUAUCAUCAAGGAUGCUUGGAAGAUCCAGUAAUUGGGGGAAGACCCGGCAUAUUGAAUCCACAACUGCCAUACUAUAGCUUCUUUCCAGCGGCAUUGGUGCAAGUUGGGCAGGCAACAACAACCAUGACCACUUGUAAUGGUGGUGAAGUAGGGGAAAGUGUUGAUCUCAAUCUGAAGCUAUAACUAGUCCUUCCAUUACAUAUGGUAACAUUUUCUCCUUCUCAUAUCUCUAUUCACUUGUAUCUUCUAGGGACAAAGUGUGUAUUUACAAAGUAAAUGUUACAGCUGCAGUUAACGCAACACAAUAAUAUGUUGAGAGCUACACAAUUUAACAAAUAUUUCAUCAAUUU